AUGACGAGGUCAGACGCAGAGGUCAUCGAGCUCUUCCAUGAGCAGGUGAAUAUGAGUGCGGAUGAGCUCGAAGCUUGGCUUGCGGAUCCGCAGAGCAAGAAGGCAGGCACUGGAGUCGGGCAUGAUAGCGGAGAACACAUCGUCAAGAUCUUGCGCGGGAACCCGGACAAAGACCCGGAGAAGUACUCUGCUGAGGACCUCGAACAUAUGCACAAGGUUGUCGCAUACAACUCGCGUCAUCUGAAGCAGGAAGAUCAUCUGAAGGAUACCAAGACGACAGAGGAGCUUGAGAAGACAAAGAGCACCAUUAGCCUGAAGAACUGGGGUCACGACCCUGUCAAGGUGAAGAAGCAACAAGACGGCGAACUUCCCGCCAAUGGCGAUGACGGCGCCGAUCCUGCAGAGCAGAAAGCCGAUGGAGAAGAUGAGCCGAAGGGGGAUGCGGCGUCGGGCGAGACUGAGGAAGUGCAGCCUGUAGCGGAUGAGAAGGAGGAGACCGGCGAGGCCGCGGCAGAUGCGGACAUGAGAGAGACGGAGAACGGCGAGGGUGAAGAACAAGCCGCGGCAGAAGACGGCGAGAGCGCGGAUGUGGGGCAGAAGCGCAAGCGUAGCCUACGCUCGGCGGACAAGCCCGCGUCGAAGGGUAAGCCCGAGUCGCAGGCGGAGCCCAAGGCAAAGCAUGCGCGCACGUCGAGCAAGGGCGACGGUACGUCGAAAGAGAACCCUGUGACGAUAGACGAAGAGUCUUGA